AUGCGUGAAAUCCGACUUAUAUGCAGUGAGAGUGAUAAGGCGCUGAGCUUUAGACAAAGGUCAGACCACAAAACGGUCCCCGACGACCACGCGCAGUCUGCUCUUAGAAGCCGGAGUAAAACAGCAAACAGCCUCCUGCUAGGAGGGUCUGGGGCGGGGGAUGGGUGGGCUGGAGCUUCCCCGCUGCCGAUUGGCUCCCUGGAGCCACCGCCUCCGGCGAUAGGUCGCUGCCGCAAGGGAUACCGGGUCGGCACGCGGCUCGGGCCUGGGAUUCGAGGCGCGAAGAUGGCGGCUGAGGCGUUGAGGGCUAGGCGUCCCGUGUCCUGCGGGCAGGUGGAGACGCACGGCCGGGCCCGAGGAGCCACCGAGGCCCUGUGCAGCCGGUGUGGAAGAAGGGCUCCCAGAGCUCUGGGUCACCACCAUGAACUUCAAUGUGGACAUUCUUUUUGUGACCUGUGCUUAUUAAUGACUGAAGAAUACAGCACAAUCCCAUGCCCUGAUUGUGAGGUUGCUGCAACUAUAAAUACAAAACAAGAAUACUGCCCAAUAGAUGGAUGUAUUAAAGAAGAUUCUUUUAUGGAAAAAUUGCAGCCUAAAAAGAUGAGGAAUUGUUCUCAGGACUUGGAAAAGACUUCUCAUCAACAAACUGUUGGUUUAGAACAUUCAGCCUCCACACCCAGGACUGUUUUGAACCUAUCAGCUGUAAUAGAGGAAAGUAAAACUGUGGAAGAGAUUGAUGAAGCAUUGAAGAUAGCAGGCCAAAAUUUUGAACAAUUAAGUAUUGCUGUAAAAAUGCUUGAACACAUACACAGUCAGACAGAAGAGGAGACAGUCUGUCUUACAGAGGUUCUGGAGAAGCAGUUUGAUCAGCUUUUCACUUCUCUUGAUUCCAGGAAGAAGAGCCUGUGUGAAGAAUUAGUAAGAAAUACAGACAAUUAUUUAUCAAAAAUAAUAGUGACUAAAAGCUGCAUCGAAGCGAAAAAAAAUGAUUUGGAUGCAGCUAUGAAGAUAGCAAGAGAAUUAAAAUCUGCGCCUUCUCUAAGGAUAUAUUGUGACCUAAAUCAGAUUAUCCGGACUUUGAAGUUAACAUUUGAGAGUGAAUUGUCACAAGUCAGCUCUCUAAAACUAAGGAACUCUCCCAAGUUGAAUAUGAAUUGCAGUGAGAUCAUCUGUAUGUUCAGCAGUAUGGGAAAGAUUGAAUUUGAGGAUUCAACAAGAUGUGAUCCUCAAGAAAGUGAAAUGGAAAAGAAUGGUCAAAAGAAAUACAAUUGUAAAAAGGAAUUUUCUUAUGGUGGUACAUACCUAUCACUAGAAAAGAAAAAGGUUGAUAUUUCUGUUCUAAGUAAUGAAGCCCCACUGACUUCUUCACAAUGGGAAACCAAAGACAUGCAUUUGGAAGCUGACUUGCAGCCACAGAAAGAGGUUGUUGCAGCAACACUUCCUAAAACCAUUGCUGCUCUACCUCAGGUGGGAUCUAGCCCUGAUGUGAUCAUUGAAGAAAUUAUUGAAGAAAACCUGGAAACAUGCGUCACAGAUUAUUUUGUUGAGACAACUAGAUAUCUAAAAAAGCCUCUUCAGAAAAAGUCAUCUGUUUCUUUUGGAUCAAAAACAGGUUCUCCAGAGCUAGUUUUUGUAAGCCAUGUAAUACAUCCUUGCCACUUCUAUAUUCGGAAGUAUUCACAAAUAAAAGAUGCAACAGUAUUGGAAAGGAAGGUGAAUCAGUUUUGCAGUAAGAAUUUACACCUUGAUCCUUCAGAUGUUUUGGAGCUAGGUGCAAGAAUAUUUAUCAACAGUAUUGAAAAUGGAAUGUGGUGUCGAGGAACUAUUACUGAAUUAAUUCCAAUGGGAAGUGAAAGUAUUAGGAAACUUUGUAGUCCAACCAAAUUCUCAGUCCAUGAAGUUGCACUAAUACAAAUUUUCAUGGUAGAUUUUGGAAAUUCUGAAGUGCUGAUUGUUGCAGGGGUUGGUGACACUCAUGUGAGAUCAGAGCACAUUGCUAAGCAGCAUGUCGUACUAAAUGACUUAUGUCUGGUUCUGAGAAAGUCUGAGCCAUAUAUUGAAGAACUGCUGAAAGAUGUCCAGCCACUAGCACAUCCAUGCUCAUUGAAAGACAUUGUUCCACAGAAUUCAAGUGAAGGCUGGGGAGAAGAAGCUAAAAUAGAGUUUUUGAAAAUGGUAAAUAAGAAAGCUGUUUUAAUGAAAGUUUUUAAAGAGGAAGAUGGUGUGCUUAUUGUAGAUCUGCAGAAACCACCAACAAAUAAAAUAAUCAGUGAUAUGCCUGUGUCUCUUAGAGAUGCAUUAGUUUUUAUGGAACUAGCAAGGUUUAGAUCUCAAACACCAAGACGUCAUUCUGAAAAAAAUACGACCUUACACUAUCCUCUACCUAUUUUGCCUAAAGAAAUGACAGAUGUUUCAGUUAUGGUUUGUCAUAUAAAUAGUCCUUCUGAUUUCUAUCUUCAGUUGAUAGAGAGCCUGGAUUUUUUAUUUCUAUUAAAGGGAAUUGAGGAAUUCUAUAAAAGUGAAGAUGCAGAAAAUCUGGAAAUCCUCUGUCCAGUUCAAGAUCAAGCCUGUGUCGCUAAAUUUGAAGAUGGAAUUUGGUACCGAGCAAAAGUUAUUGGAUUGCCUGGACAUCGUGAAGUUGAAGUUAAAUAUGUGGACUUUGGCAAUACAGCAAAAAUAACACUUAAAGACAUGCGUAAGAUAAAGGAUGAGUUUCUGAAUCCUGCAGAGAAGGCAAUUAAAUGUAAGCUGGCCUAUAUUGAACCAUAUAAAGGGACAGUGCAGUGGUCAAAAGAUGCUAAAGAAAAAUUUGAAGAAAAGACUCAAGAUAAGUUUAUGACAUGUUCCAUCAUUAAAAUUCUGGAAGAUAAUGUGCUGUUAGUUGAACUUUUUGAUUUUCUUGGUGCUCCUGGAAUGAUUCCCACCAGUAUUAAUGACCAGCUAGUCAAAGAGGGCCUAGCAUCUUAUGAAGUAGGAUAUACCCUCAAAGAUAAUUCUAAAAAGCAUAUUGAAGUAUGGGAUCCUUCUCCAGAAGAAAUUAUUUCAAAUGAAGUAAACAACUUAAUAAAUCCUCUAUUUGCAAAAUCUCUACCUAGUGAGGAUCUGCAGUCACUUUAUAAUAAGGAACUGCCUGUGCACAUCUGCAAUAUAGUGUCUCCUGAGAAGAUCUAUGUUCAGUGGUUAUUAACAGAAAACUUGCUUCAUAGUUUAGGAGAAAAGAUGAUUGCUGCUUAUGAAAACUCAAAAUGGGAACCUGUUAAAUGGGAAAGUGAUAUGCACUGUGCUGUUAAUAUCCCAGAUAAAAAUCAGUGGCGAAGGGGCCAGAUCAUCAGAAUGGUUACAGACACAUUGGUAGAGGUCUUGCUGUAUGAUGUGGGUGUUGAACUAGUAGUGAACAUUAACUGUUUAAGAGAACUUCAAGAAAACCUAAAGACAAUGGGAAGAUUAUCUUUGGAAUGCUCUCUUGUUGAUAUAAGACCAACAGGUGGGAGUGACAAGUGGACAGCGACAGCCUGUGACUGCCUCUCAUUGUACCUCACUGGAGCUGUAGCAACCAUUAUCAUACAGGAAAACAAUACAACGUGGCCCUUACCUGUGAAAAUUUUCUGCAGAGAUGAAAAAGGAGAGCGUGUUGAUGUUUCUAAAUAUUUGAUUAAAAAGGGUUUGGCUUUGAGAGAAACAAGAAUUAAUAAAUUAGAUAAUAGCCAUUCAUUAUCCCAGAAGUCUCUGGAAAUCCCCCAGGAACAAGGAGAAUCAGUGGUUACUAAGUGUAUUAAGAUUAACUCUGACCCUGACAAGAAAGCUGCUGUUGGUAUCAGUGAACCCAAGGUGACUGAAUUUAGGGAGAAAAUUCUAGAGCCAAGAACCACUGGAUGCUAUAAACCACCAGCUAUUCCUAACCAGAAAGUAUUUGAGGCAGUAGUCAGCUGCAUUGCUGAUGAUGGAACUAUAUUUGUGGUACCUAAAUUAUCAGAAUUUGAACUAACAAAAAUGAUGGAUGAAAUUCAAAGUAAUUUAAAAUGCCUUGGUCUUUUGGAGCCUUAUUUCUGGAAAAAGGGAGAAGCUUGUGCAGUAAGGGGAUCAGAUACUAUGUGGUAUCGAGGCAAGGUAAUGGAAGUCAUCGGCAGCACUAUCAGGGUACAAUAUUUAGAUCAUGGAUUCACUGAGAAGAUUCCACAGUGUCAUCUUUAUCCUAUUUUACUGUAUCCUGAUACACCCCAAUUUUGUAUUCCUUGUCAGCUCUAUAACACCAUACCUGGUCAUCCCAGUGUACCAGCCCUGAGCACCCUGUCUCAUGCAUCGAACCUGGACCGGCGAUCCGCUUCACAUAUGAUAGUUGGGAAUGUCUGGCAACCAGAUGCAGUAGAACUCCUUCAAGAGCUGCUUUCAAAGAGAGAGGUGGAAAUUCACAUUAUGGAACUACCAGAAAAUCCAUGGGGGAAAUUAUCUAUUCAUCUCUAUUUUGGUGGAAUGUCACUUUCUUAUUUUUUGGCACACCAUAAAUAUUGCACUUUUGAACAAUCUGAGGAAAUAUUGAAGGAAAAUCCAACAGAUUACAAUAAAAAAUAUGAGGAAGAGAGAUGGAAAAUAAGGUUUGAGGAUUUGCUUUUGCCUGAAACAGAGACUCCUAUUUUACCACCAUAUUUGUCUUCAUCUCUGCCUCCCCCUGAGGAACUCUAUGCUGUUCAAGUUAAGCACGUUGUCUCACCCAGUGAAGUAUAUAUUUGCCUUGAUUCUGUCGAAAGUUGUAGUUUGUUUAACCAGCACAGUGACACAGAAGACAGUGGAGUUGGCUGGGAAUCUGAGUCUGAGAGCCUCGAGGAGGCACUGCGGAGGUUCAAUAAGAAUGUGGAGACAUUCCCUCCUCUGACAGACUUCAGAACAGAAAUGCCUUGCCUUGCAGAAUAUGAUGAUGGCUUAUGGUAUAGAGCAAAGAUUGUUUCCAUUAAAGAAUUUAAUCCUCUAGCUGUCCUGGUGCAAUUUGUUGAUUAUGGAUCAACUGAAAAGCUGACAGUAAACAGACUGCGUCAAAUCCCUCUUCAUCUUAUGCAGUAUCCAGCCCGAGCCAUAAAGGUUCUCUUGGCAGGGUUUAAACCGCCCUUGAGAGAUGUAGGAAAGACAAGAAUACCAUAUUGCCCAAAGUGGAGCAUGGAAGCAUUGUGGGCCAUGAUAGACUGUCUACAAGGAAAACAACUUUAUGCUUCUUCCAUGGCUCAGGUACCAGAACAAAUGGUGACUUUAUAUGAAGAUAAACAGUAUCCAAUUCAUUUGUCAUUAGUAGAAAUGGGGCUUGCAGACCGAGAUGAAUGAUGUAUACAGUACAGAGCAUCUGUAGCAGCCCAGAAGAAAGUUUUCUGUUACAAUGUAGACCAUUUCAGGCUUAUUUCCUUCACUUGUUCUGCAAUAGUGCUGGGCUUUUUUUUUUCCUUACAUGUUGAACUGUUAAGAACUGUUUGAAAAAAGUUAAUAAAUAUUUGCUUUCACGUAUUUACUUAUUUUAAUUUUUAAAUAUUUUAGCCACGUUAGGAAAAAUAUUUCCUAUAUAUUCAGUUUAAGAAAUAAGACACUGUCAGCACAGGUGUAGGCGCCUGUUCUACCC